CAGCCCGCGCCCUUAAUAUGCAUCCAAAAAACGCGACGCGAGCACAAAAAAGUACUACAAGUAACCCCAUCUUGUGCGCCUCCAUCGAUCGUCCGUUUCUGUGGAGCUUCCUCGCUCAGUACUGUCUCGUGUUUCUUCUGGCCAAAUUGGUUGAUAGCCAAAAUGAAGAUGUUCUCCUGCUUCGGGAUCCGCACCCGUCCCGCUCAACCUGCUCUUGCCAAGGAUCAAUCCGUCGUCGGCAUCAACAACGUGCCCGCGGCCGGCGAUGGAUGCCACCUGCGGUCACCCGUCGGCAAGGAAGCGGAGGGCUCCGGUGCGCUAGUGCGGGCGGCGUGGCGCGGGGCAUACGGUGCGGCGGGGAAGUCGCGGGAGCACGGGGUGGCCAUGCAGGACACCGUGUCGAUGCGGCCGUCCUUCUGCACCUGGGUUGACGGCUCGCGCAUGCACUUCUUCGCCGUCUUCGACGGCCACGGCGGCCCCGUGGUGUCGGCGCUGUUGAGGGACCACAUGCACGCGAUCCUGGCGGAAGAGCUGACCGGCGCGGCCGCAGCCCACCGAAAGAAGCAGCAUCAAGACGAAGGGGCGGAAGUGUGCGCGUGGAAGGGCGCGCUGAGGCAGAGCUUCGCGCGGGCGGACGAGCUGGCGGCGUCGGCGGUGCCAAGGGGCACCAUCAUGGGGUCGACGGCCGUGGUGGCGCUGGUGGUCGGCGGCCGCAUCCUCGUCGCCAACUGCGGCGACUCCCGCGCCGUGCUCUGCCGCGCUGGCCGCGCCGUGCCGCUCUCCCAGGACCACAAGCAGCCGGCACGGCCGGACGAGAUGGCGGCCGGCGGCGUGAUGCACCACAACGACGGGCCGACGGGGUCGCGAGCUUUAGGUAUGGACAACGACAAGUAGCGUUAACCUUCUUCUAAAAUGGUUAAAGUCAAGAAACUAAACAAAAACAAAAACGGCUAUCGUUCAUGCAUCAAAAUGUGUUCCCACCUCUGCAUGCGUCGUGUUAUGUUAAAAGCAAACAAGCCUCCUUCCUGGCGUUGUCAGCUACUGGCUGGUCGAUGUCUCGGUUGGCGUUUGGCCAUUAACUAAUCCGUGCUUCUAAAAAAAAUUUGCCACCACCUUCUUAAGAAAAAAGAAAGAAAAGGCUAGUGUUAUGUAAAAUAA